CGCAGAAGCUGCAUUUACCUCUGUUUGUUUAAGAACAGUAUAAUUUUGGUCAAAACUAUAACAUAAGUUGUUGGGUUGAAUAACCACAUAGCACACACUGACUACAAAGCCAUUCUGAUCGUGACGCGAUAGGAAGUAAGGUAGACGUGAUUCAGUUUGGUUUGAAAAAUUGGUCCCUUCUAUUGAAGGUCGGCGACUCUCGACCUUAUCGGCAUAAGGCAUUGACGGUCAGCUGAUCGAGCAUUAUCAGCUGAUUCCGAUCGAAAUUGAAACUAGUAUUUCUUUAACAAUUUUCUGGUCAGUUGAUAAAAUUUUUUUACUACGCAAGUUUUAUUAUGCUUUACUAGUUGUUGAUAAAGUAUGGAUGGAUUACUAGCUAUUUGUCACUUUUGUGAGCUUCAUGGGCCAAGAGUUGUAUUUUGCACACAAGCCCAUCAACAAUUGCCAACAGCACUACAGUUGCAGCAGGCUCGUGAGUGCAGCUCGUUAACCUCAGAAGAUGAAUGUGCAGCUUGUCAAGCAUUUAUAAUGGAAAAUGGAUGUUUGGUGACUGAGGGCAGAGGCAUCUAUUAUGUGAGCUCCCGAGUGCCUCUGAAUGAGGCUGUUGCUGCACUUCUCAAGUCAGCAUGUUUCCGUUCCCUUAGCUGUGAGGUUUGCCCUGGUGGUGAAGGCUGUGUAUAUUUUGGUGAUGACGUCAGAGGCCAUGUUCUCUCCUACUGUUUUAGCCUCCGUGAUGUCCAGGCUCGUGGACUAAAGCGCUGGUACAGUUUUCUGGUGCUGGUGAAGGAGCGUGCUUAUCUCCUUUCAGCCUGGACAUUUUUUGUACAGCACUUAAAGAACCUGGUUGAUCAAUUACAGCAACAAGCUCUUCAGGUUUUUAACAAGGAAGGUGGCAGCUGCAACAAACGUGUACAGACUGAACUGCCUCACCGUCAUAUAGACACUGCUCGAGGCCUGCCGGUUUUGGUGGCGUGCUCUGCGAUCUGGCAACGUCUUCAUACCGCCCAUGUAUGGCUCAUGGCCGCGGCUGGAGCGAGACUCGUAGAAGUCAUUGGUUUUGUGCCACAUUCUCCUCAAACAUUACAGGACGAAGGAGUUCUUGAUGACCCAGAUGAAUGUAGAAAUUAUCGUGGUGGUCAAGAUAAAUGUGGUGAUGUCUUAAAAUCAAGCAAUAGCAGAAACAGUUUAUCAAAAAGCUGUUCAGAAGACGGAAUGAAUCUAGUAAAGAUUUCUAACGAAAGAAGAUCUGGUAUAAAGGUUGAUAGUGACCUAGAGGAUCAUUUCAAUACCUUCAUUAGUACAAAAACUGAUUCGAAUGACAGCCGAGGGGCAAAAAUUUGUUUCAAAGACGUCACUGGAGACCGAAGUGUUUCAAGAGACAACUCAAAUAUAUUAGAGAACUGCCCACAUGUUGAUUGUGCGUCUGACAUAGAAGCGAUUAACGAAGAUUUUAACAUGAAGAUGCAACUGGAUGCCGCAUCAGACUAUCCAAACGACACAAAAAAUGUGCAAGUCUCAAAUAGAAUUGUGAAUGAUGGGAAUACAGGCAAUAGUGAAGACUCUUCAUUUACUAAUAACAAAAUUAAUUUACAAUCAUCGGGAACAGGCGUUGAAUCUGAUAAGUUUGAGCCGGAACAUCUACCUCCAACCAUACAGCACUUCGAUAACAACCGAAAUGAAAACAUGUUUUUCAACGAUGUAAAUGGCGCCACGAAUGCUGUGCCUUUGGACGAGGUUUUAUCAAUUCGGGAACUGUGUGAUCUACUGGCUGUUGAUCAGUUUGGUCUUCUACUUCAGCAUCUCUACUUUGGGUUUCCGCUAGUAGUUCGGUAUGAUGAGCAAACGGCUUAUGCCCUUGGUCCUUUAAUAGGCGCCGUGAGGAACUGCAUUCCCAAGUUUCUCUGGAACCUGGUGUCUGUUGAUCUCAAAUCUAAUGAACCAAACCUUGAUUACGAUAUGAAAUAUCCAGCCAAUACAAAAACAACUGAACGGCCUGAUACCGGAGUUCAGAGAAUGUCUACUGAUGAAAAUAGCCAUAAAAACUUGGCGGGGAACGUAAAUAAUAGUUACUCAAUUCAGGCCAAGUCACAGAAUUAUUUUCGUCUCCCAAACUCACCCUCCAUUGAAGCUUAUGACGCUCUUGAAAUGGAUACUUUAGUUCUUUUAGUUUCAUUGCGUUCUGCAGUGCAUCAGCUGAACCCUCCUCUUCUCAUCCCCAAGAACACUGGAAAAGUGAAUAAUUUUUCAAAGGACAACGCCUCUCAGUGUAUGCGCCUCAAUGAUCCACGAUCAGAUCCCAGCUGCUUCGACAGAUUCCCCAAGAAUGACGUCGGCUGUACUACAUUAAACGCGGCAACACCUCUUCCCGACCCAGCAAAUAAUGCUUCCUGUUCUUGGACGAAUGUUAGCAAUUGCAAUCCUUCUUUGUGGCUGCAGCAAGUCGUUAAGACUUGUACUCUCGAGCUUCAAGACGUGUCAGGGCGGCCUUACGACAGCACCUCCCUGGUGACAAGUGCGUCUGGUACAGCGCAGCGUAGGUCGUGUUCAUUAGUACGCACCAUCACGUCAGCCUGCAGUAACCCAGCUCUUCGUGAUGAUACGUUGCAACUUACGGUGCACCACGCACUCUCUACGUGGUGCAAUAAGGCUAAGUUGUGGGAGCAAUUACUGACACAGCAGCAGGCCAGCAUCGCUGCCAACAACAUCGCCAAAACUCGAGUCUUGCCAAUUGUUUCUGAUCAACCAGGAGCCGGCAAGGCAAAAACAACCUUUGGGUUUUCGCUUUCCUCUCCACAGUGGCCGAAGUUCCUGUCAAGUUCUCGUCAAAAACGCAAUCUAGACCAAAUUCUUCUUGCUCAAGACAACAGUUGUAACCGUUAUGAGGCCGUCGGUCUUUACCCAAACCUUCGUGAAGCGGCGGCAUUUGAAGAGAAUUACCAUUCACUAGAAUCUCAUAAACACACUGCUGUGCUUACUGACCCAAAUCCCUGUCCAACGGAUGCUGUUCGAACGAAAACUAACAUGACACGGUCUAGCAGAGCGAUAGCUUUCAACACCGGAGACAACAGGACUGCGUUCCAGGCUACUUGUGACAGCAGCCUUGAAACUAUGGAAAUCACACCCAUUACUAGCCUCCCUACUGAUUCACGAAUCACUUCAAAUUCUCCCGUUUCAAUAUCUUCUCGUUUGACUGGACCUGCAGUCGAAAACGCAACUACGAGUUUGGUAACGCCAGCCUUACUCAUGCCUACUAGUCUAAAAGCAAAAACUGAUACACCUUCCAAAAGCAGGAAUACCCUUUACCCGUCCAUUACAGAGGAAGAUAUUAGCAAGUUGAAAAAUGCGAGUCAAUUUUAUCCUUCUAUUCAGGAUUUGCAUUCUGAGACUGCACAACACUUCACAUCAUCGUCAACUCCUUUGGGAGCAUCAGGCCACACGAGUGGUGCAUCUGAGCCUCCUGCAUCCAGUUCUUUGGCGGCUCUCAGUAAUGUCCUUGAAUUACCCGAAUCUUUGCUCCAAAAAAUCCUUCUGGCUGUCGGAGCAACUGAAUCAGACGUUUCUCUUCUUCAGUGUUGGGCGUUCCAUCUAAUGAAAAAAUCAUCUUUUCCAUAUAGCUCGCAGUGAUUCUGUGACUUAUACUACGUGUCCCCAUGCGUGUGCCAAUCUUGAAAGCAGUUUGUGUUAGUUGUUUUGAAACAAUGUUACAAAACUAGCAAUCAUAUUCGUCACUUUUUUUGUCAACUCGAAGUGCUGGAACAUUUUAACCCACAAUAACAAGCGGUUGGAAGUUUUGGUAAAUACGGAAAACAAUUUAUAGUGUGAAAUAAUCUAGAAUUUCCUACAAAUGAUAAUUUAAAUUUUGACAGUGAUAACUGCACAAACUAAGCCCCAGUGUACAUCGUGUACCUUCGAUUUAUUUGUGCUUCUUUUCUUGAUUGCGAUCGAAGCGUUUCAUCUCAGCGACGUCGCAGGCCAUGCCAGGAUAACUGCGAGAUUUCCAUGCCGGGAAGAAUGUUAGGCAUCAAUGCGAGAGUACAGUUUAUCUUGCUCUUCAUCAAACCUUCCUCAGCCCGUGAUCAUCAGCAAGAUUCACGCAACCAAGCUUGGCUUGACUCACGAGCUGAUGGCGCAGAGACAAGAUUGAGCAAGAUGGACGCUCUGCGUACUGAAGUUCAGAUCAUGAGGAUCCCGCGACCCAAGUUUUACUGCUCAAAAGGACAACUUCGAGUCCCUGCCGACUAUCCAUCCGGCUACCAAAAGUCUAAUGGCAAGCUUUACGAUGGCAAUCGUGGACAGAAGGAAUAUGGUUCUGGGCUGCGUUUCUAUAGCAACGGAAAUACCGCGCUAACGUCACCGUGUGAUGAAAGUGAUUAUCCUGCAGAGCCACCCAAAGAUUAUUACGAUGAUGAAUUGGAUGUCACAGCCUUGUCAUUAGAAGAUAAAACUAAAAGUGACUGUCCCUCAAAUUUGAGUAAAAAAAUUUGUAAUGUCAAAUCUGAUGAAAUUGUGGCUGGUAAGGUUAUAGGGACUACUGUCGCAAAAACAGAAAUACCCGAAGUGAAAAAUACUGAAAUUUCUCCUAAAACAACUGGACCGGGGAGUGCAGAAGCCGUGAAAAGCGAUUAAAAAUUCAGUGCAGAACUCUCGUAUUAAAGUCGAUGCUUGGCAUCAAUAACUGAUUUCCACCGCGUUAUCGAACAAUUAGAAUUCCAGGAAACGAUAAGUGUAAUAAAUUGCAAGCCUAAAAUUGGUUUGUACUCGAGAAAUGAUGCUAUUGAUGAAGAUGGUCACUCCUACCUCAUAACACUUGUGAAUUCUAGAACUUUAUUUUCAAAGCUGUGUCAAACCAUAAUUUGUUAUUCGAAUGUAUUAGUUUUCAUUCGUUUCGAAAAAUUCUGCGAUAGUUAUUGUUGGAAGCAAUUUAAAUUUUUUUAUUGUAAUGAUUUUUAAUGAAUUUACAUUUUUUCAACACGAGGAAUCCAACUAUAAUGUGAAUGAAAUAUGAGACAUUCAUAAUACAUAUAAUGAAAUGAAGCCAAUAUAGUUAUAUCAGCAGCUCUCAAACGAUUAAUCAACAAGUUUUGUACUAGGUGAUGUUCGCUUCGCUUUAAUAGAAGAUCAUAGUCUAAUUCUCACUUUACGUAACUUUUACUUUAGACAAUAUGUACAUGUUUCGGCUAUAAAUUUGUCAUUAUUGAUAAUGAUGUUUUCUGUAGAUGUUAAUGUUUCUCCCAAAAGCAACAAAAAUAGCUAUUUAAAAAAAGUAGGUAGUGUUCGUUCAGAAAUACACAAACAAUGAUUAUUAUUGUAUGGAUCGAUGAUGCUUGAGACUUUGAGUGUUUAGUGCAUUUUAUCUUAACUAUCAGCAUUUCUUCCUCGUCAAAGUCGCGCUGAACAUCGAGAUAAUAUCUGAAGUAUACGAAUUCAUUAACGAUCUAUUCAAACUUAUCUAUUUGAUAGAUGAACGAUUUUAAAUUAGUAUUGAUUGUUUGCGCAUUUCUUGUAUACCUAGGUAAUUCUUAGAAUGAUUUAAUAAUAUUUUGUUCCAAGUGUAAUUUUCACUUACAAUUUUUCGACGGCGGAUCAUAUCGAUCGCACUGCUGACAAAGAUGGUGAUUUACCAAUAUUAUUGUGCAUCACAUGGAGUGCAGAUUAACGCGUAAUAUUCCAAACUACCUUGAUGUCAGAAUAUCUUUCAUGUCUUACCAUUAGCAGUCAAAGAAAUACGUGCAUAAUUUCCCACGAGUGGAUUGUGAGAAUGAAUGUCGCAGAAACUCGAAAAAAUCUACCGCAUGCAUCCGUUUUUCUCCCUAAUAGAUACUUGAAUUUAUGAAACACGUGGUUAUUAUUUCAAAGAUAUGUAAAUGAAAUUUUCUGCAUUUGCGGAAGUGGUUGCCAAAUUGAGAAUAAAUGGCCUCCAGUGAGUAACUUACACCUUUCUCUUAAGUAAUGGACGGAUGACAAAAAAUGCCGAUUUAUAUCACUGUUGACAACAUUUGUGACCACGGUAUGAUGCUUAUAGUGAUGAUACGUUUCAAACCGUUAAGAGUAAUGAAGUGAAAUGGUUAAGAAACGACUGACAUAAGGGACUGAAAUGAGCAAAUACUCAUUUUCCUUAUUGAUUGGUAACUUAAAAUCGAUUUGACUCACCGAUCUUCGAGUCCUGGUAAGAGAGGAGCAGCGGCAAGGGUUGACGCUGCUCAGCUCCUUACAGGAGAAGCUCUGGGUUCUGCUUCUACCCUCGUGACCGACCUCAGUUUCUGCUGCCCGUGGGUCGAGUCGAUCAGCUUCAGUUUCAUCCAGCAGCAACUGACUCUCCGAGAAAUCACUUUUCUCGGUCCUCAGUCGGUGCAGCUCAUCUGCCUUCCUGAUAUCUUCCUCCAAUCUUCGUAUCUUUUGAUCUAUCACGCGAUCUUUGUCUAUUCUCCGCCUGUAUUCAUCCUCGUAGCUUUGCGUGUGCUUGUCUAUAAUUCUGCCUAUGUCGGUGUCAGCAAUGGCUCCUCUAAGAUUACCAAGACCAAAUUUCUGUCCCAUUAUACGUCUGAUCAUCCUGGGUGCGUCUUGUCUAUAGUAACCUCUUCUCAGAAGCUCUUCUGUGCUUGAAUAACAACAGUCAUCAAUACUAAACCACUUUUCGGCUGUAUCGCCUAAAUCACCUUCAUAAUCUUCACCUUCCGAUGAACGAUUGACGGCUUCUUCUUCUUCUUCUUCUUUAGCUAGGUUUUCUAAGUAAUACAGAGAUAAUAAGUCUUCGUCAAUUUCUUCCUUACUAACGCUGCUCAGCAAUUGUUCACAAGAUAAAUAUUCUCCUAACCCCGUCCUGGGAAAUAGCCUGCUGAUUGAUCUCGACAUGUGACUUCUAGGUUGGAAUUUAUACCCACGGUGGCUGCCUAAUAACUUGUUGUCUAGUCUCAGAUCUUGAAGUGAUUGAUUCAGGCUGAGUGUGGAAUAGUGUGGGAUGAAAGUCUGACGAUCUUUCACGGACGUUGACCCGAGAUCGAUCGAAGUGCGUAAUCGGUUUAGAGCUGCUCUGAAAUCCUCGUGUCGGGGAUCCAGAUCUCCGUGUUUGGUCAAAAGAGUGGUGUCCGAGUGGUCCUCGUUGAAGAGGAAAUUCUGGUUGUCUGCUCGAAUGAAAUGAGUUACAUUGAGAGGCGCGGACUGAAGGGAGAGAUCGCGAAAAAUAUUGCGAUGAGAAUCUGUUGACGCUUUCUGCAGGAAUCGAGCGAUUGCCUCUCUGCUGGGGAGGUGAUGAGGAUAUGAAGAUUGGUGAAGGUGAAGAUGCGGAUCGCUGGGGAAAGUCUUGGUUGUAGUUAUCAUAUCGACGCUGCUCGUGGCCAAGCUGUUGCUCGGGUACCGGUCGAGGCUGUGAAGACUUUGAUCUCGUGUGUUUUGCGGGAACAGAGGUAUUCGUUCUUGGUCGAGGCUGCGAUCGCGAUCUUUUCGAGGGAUAGAUCGGCCACGUUGAAUCGAAAGUUCUCGGUCUUGUGUCUUCGGGACUGAAUUCUGCACUAGGCGACUGAAAUUCUUCGGGUGAAGAUCUGAAGCCUGGCGGAGGUGGUAUUGUGUCUGGGUACUGAACUGUGUUGACUCGGUGGUCGUCUGGGAGAAAUUCUGCGUCGGGGACAGAAUAUCUUUCACAUGCGAGAUGAGAGCUUGAUUUGAAUUUGCGAGGAAGUGAGCGGAAGGCGACUUCAUCUCCGUCAUUUCGAUAUCUUUGACUGCGCCGUCCGUCCUGUGCUCUCUCUUCUCUUGCACAGACGGGAUAAGGUAAGCUGUUGAACUGAUGGGGGUGUUGCUGGUGCCCAUGGCCGCCUUCAGCUGACUUGUAAUGGUCGACGUAGUGGUCGUCGCAUUCAUUCCUGAACUGGCCAGGAUACCUCGAGUAUCCUGAUGAUGGGUCGAUGUCUUGAACUGUCUCUCGUACGUCGAAGUUUCUUGUUUCUCUUGAAUAUUCUUCCUCUCGUCGAAAGGACUCUUCAGGAAAUGUGAGAGAUGAACAUCGCGUUCUUCUAGGGGGCGAACAUUUAACUUCGAAUCGCAUUGGCGACCAGAGGUCAUACGACAACUUUGCUGGAGACCCUCCGCAUCCCUGACGGCGAUCACGUCUCGGUUUGUACACAAGCCCGAGGUCCUCGUUUUCGUAACCUCGGCAUCUUUGCUCAUCGCGUCCCUCUCGAUAACCGACAGCUCCCUCACGCAACCCUCUAUCCUCGGGUCUUCCAGCAAAUGCUCGGCCUGAGUAUCCACCGCAGCACCAAGAAUUUUGCGGCUGUACCUCAUAGGACUGCCAGAGCGACCUUCGGUCCUCGAGUAUUGAGGUUCCUUCGUCUCGGCAUCGAGGCCAUCGUCCUCCUGAUCCUCGUCUUCUCCUUUCUUUCGCCUCCUCCUCCGACCAUUCCGUCUGGUCACACUCGAUGGGCGAGGACACUGAAAGAAAAAGUAAAUCUACUAAUCUGCAUGACUGAAUCUGGACAAAUGAUUUUUUUUUUCAGCUAAAGGAUAUAAACUUGAAGUUCAUGUUAGCCUAACAUGACCAUUUGACCUAGCCUAUUUACAUUAUUAAGGCACAAAUAAAAUUUGCUUGAAAUUAUUUUAGACUUACGUUGCAGCUUUUCAAGUGGUAUUGAAUUUCUAAAUUCAGAGAAUUUCAAUUCUUAAAGUAAAAAAAAAAAUAAAAUACAACCUCAAGCGCCAUUUCGAGAGACGAAGUCGUCAGAAUAUCCAACCCACAAGGGGAAUGCGAUACGGGCUCGAACGUGAAAACUUGUAACGAGAACUCGUGAAAACUUGUAAGAGUCCUCAAAACUUGUCGAGUCCUAAAAGUUUCAACUUUUUAAAAAAUUUUAAUACGAUUCAGGGCCAACGUAAUUAAAGCCUCUCUAAACCUGCUAUCAUCAUUGAGUUGUCUGAUAUCAAAAUAUUAGAUUGAAUAAAAGCGAAUAUUCGAUUGAUGAAAAUUUUUCGCCACCUUGCAAGCACCCUAACAUUGCCCAGUUACGAGAAACAUGCGUUGAGGUUACCUAGUAGGAGAAUGGGUCAGAAUUCUACCUGAUGGUAGUAAUAUUAUAAAGGAAUUCUGUGAGUGAGCGGUUCAGAUUUUUUAAAUGUGGUCGUCGUGGCGAGUGAAACAAAGUGCUUAAGAGUGUAAGUCAUCAAUCAACGAAGUGCUCUGUAGUGCGGAAAUUAAAAGAAACUUUUCAAGUGGCAGUUGGGUGAUCGGUUUAUUCGAGACACUAAUCAUAAUUACUAAUCUACGCAAGUGAUAGCAGUACAGAUUUAUUGUUCAUCUAUAUUCACGGACAAUACUAGUCUCAAGCUUUGAGUUACAGCAUAAAUAGUAUAUAGAAUUGCUCUAGUAAAUAUUAAGCAACUAUUAUGCAGAUGCGAAGGCUGCUACAAUAGAUACAAUGUAUGUACUAUCUUAAAACACAUUACUCAAGUGGCAGUGGUUGACACCCAACUUUCCAGUCCGUCUACAGUUACGGUAUUCAUUUUUAUAAAUAAACAUAAUAUGACGCCAA